UUCGGAUCAAGAUCUUCCGGGCCGAGUUGCCGUUCCGGGUGGAAAGAGCCAGCGAUUUACCACUACGACUUCCCGGGGCUGCGACGGCGACGCUGCUCUGCCUUGUCCCCAGUCAAGUCAACUCUUCAACUUAUCUGUCCGUCAUCAUCACUGGCGCUCCUCUGAGCCGAAGGCUUUCACCAGGAAGAUCCCAGACCAUGGAGCAAAUGUCGUGCAGACGUGAAAGUAGAAGUAGGACAACCAGUUCGGAAGCCAAUCAUUUAUCUUCAAGCGCCAAGCAGCAUUUCGAAAAGGCAAUAGGCAAGAGUGCUGUCGCCAACAAGAUGAGCGCGGAUGGCCUCCCCCAAAUGCUUCUUCAGACUCAAACGGGAAGGAAACCUGUUCGACGUAGUCAUCUCAAGACACACCUUCCGACCCCAUCAGGAGAGAAGUCUUUUGAGUGUGCGGUUUGCAACAAGAAGUUCAGCCAAGGAAGCGUUCUCAAGAGACACCUCCUGACCCAUACAGGAGGGAAGUGUUUUGAGUGUGCGGUUUGCAACAAGAAGUUUGGCCGAGUCAGCGUUCUCAAGACACACCUUCUGACCCAUACAGGAGAGAAGUCUUUUGAGUGUGCGGUUUGCAACAAGAAGUUCAGCCAAGGAAGCAAACUCAAGACACCCUUCUGA